AUGGACGCGCUGCUUGAACUGGAGCUGUCCGACGGAGAGGUCGAGGAUGGCGACGCCAUCGAGGCAUUGGUGGCCGUAAAUCACCGCUGGCUAGGCCGAUACGCUCGGUUGCACCCGAGCUUCAGCGUAGAGCCGUCGCUACUCGAGCGUAAUAGUCUCUGGAUGAACGCCUACUUUCAGAAGAUCCGAAUGAUUACGUCGGCUGCGUCCCCACAGGCCAAGAACCUAAUUAAGAAGCAUCGAGAUACGGUUGUGGAGAGACUGCGCUCGGCUCCAUUGCCACACUCCGAGUCGCUCUUCUCCACGUGCGUUGUGGACCCUAUGGCCGCCCUAUUGUUUGCCUCCUCCAUCGGCAGAUGUCCCCACGACAAUCUGUGUGCAUCGAUUCGAGCGCACGCGCUUCAGUCAAGUAUGUAUUGUUUUGGCAAAUUGAGUUUUGUUUGCUUACGAUUACUAUGCUAA